UUUCUCCAAAAACCUGAAACAAAAAAGCAAAACAAGCUUUCAUGGAAAGCACCAAAAUGCAAAUAUUUCAGUGAGACUCACUGUGUCCAUAUGUGAUAAAGACUGAAAACUGUUAUUUUUUUUAUGUCUGUUGUUCACAACUUUGACAAAGAUGGAAGAAUAAUGUCGAAACAUGUCGCGUAUAUUUCAGCAAUGUGAGUGUUGAAUAACAAAAUAAACUAAAGUGCAAAGUUUGGAUGCUGCUUUGGGAGACUUUUGCUUUUAAAAUUUUUAAUUUUCUAUAGCUUAAAAUAUAUAAUACUUCAUCACAAAGUUUUCCAGUUGCAUAAAUUCACACUUAGUCCAACACCUGAGCCUCGUUUCCCUUAGUUGAUUGUUUUUGUAGCUCAACGUAGAUUGGCUUGUUGAGAUGGUGCUAUUCUCAGUUCAUUUUCCAUAAUUAUGUCAUUUAGUUGUAGUGAACGUUUGGAUAAUUUGGAGUAUUGGAAACUGGAAACUGAAGGAGCUCUGAGAAUCAGAGACAGUGAUGUGUCUUCGUGCGUCUAAAACUUUGUCUUCCUGAAGCAGAGGAGGGGGUGGGAGCCGCGCUGAAUAAUGUAUACAUGCUUGGGUAGUGUACUCACCACAGAGUGAAUAAUGGAUGAUCCCAUCACAGGUAACCUCACAGGCACACACUUGUCUCUCUCUUACCGACACCCGUGUGUGAGCAUGUAUGUGUGUGAGCAAAUCAUGUGUGAAUAAAUGAAAGAAAUCCAAGUUACAGCAGUUUAAACUUGUACCAAUUCAUUCUCAUUCUCUCUAAACUUUUAGAGCUUCUGGUGUCUUUUCUCCUCGUUAGCUCGUUUUUGUGUCUGGUGAUUGUGAUACCAACGUCUAUCCAGAUAUUUUACAUCACUAUGAAGCUCCUCUUACAUAAAAGUCGGUGUGGUGUUUCAUGUCGAACCCUGCCUUACUAACGUACUGCUUCCCCUUAAACUUUUUCACCUUUUCAUUCACCACAACCACAAACUUCAAUAACUUUAUUAGGAUUUUGUGUUAAAGACCAACAUAACAUUGUGAAUAACUGUAACGGGGAUCUGAAACACUUUUUUUCUUGUUAGUUUUUGUUUUACAAGUAGAAAUUUGAGCCUCUGAGGUUUUUUCCCAGGAUCGCCUUGCAUCUUUGUCCAUCCGUUUCCCCAUGAACUCUUACCAGCUUCCCUGUCUCCACCUACAAGUUUCAAGGUCGCCAAUGUUUGCUCAGUUUGUUGUUUUUCUGCCACACAGCGUUUUUCACACAGGCCACACAUUUGUCACUAUUGUAUAUAUUUUAGUGCUCGAUUAAAAAGUCGUCCAAUCGACAGAUAUUCUACCUGAGCAGUGGAUCUCUGCACCUCCUCCAAAGCUUGCUCUGAGCUGCACUGUUUUCAUUUUGUGAAGUUGAAUUGAAUAGAUUGGUAAAACGCUCAAUGCAGGGUUUGUACGGGUUCAAUCUAAUGUUUUACUAAAAGCCCAGAUUUACAGUUGAAACCAGAUAUUUGUAUUAAACUUCCCCUGAUUAGUUAGAAUUACCAAAAUUAUUCAAUGUGAUACAUUUUUAUUAUAUUUACUUUCUUCCUGCUAUAGAAUGUAGAAUACUAUCAAGAAACAUUAUUAAUAACAUAAUGUCACAUGUUAAAUGAUAUUUAAUAGUGAAUUGAAACUUUUUACUUUAAUUUGUGUUAUUUUAAUCUCCAAAGUGUGAUGCUGGAAAAGUAAAAGAAAUACCUUGAAAGUGCUUGAAAAGUGCUGUGGGGAAAGUGUCAAAGGUUGACAUGUUUCAUUUAAUUUUAUUCAUAAUUCACUAAGUUUGAGGCUUUUGCAUGACGAAAACGUUGUGAAGACUUUAUGAUAAAAUGCCACCUGGUGAGUUUUCUGAGGUUGUACCUGUAGCUCUUCAUUCAUCCACUCUCUGCUCACAGGCACAAGAUGUACUGGCUGCAGGUUCGUGGGAAGGGGGAACUAUGUUCAAAUGUAGCGAUCAGAUUCUGGCCUGGUGUCACAUUUCUGUGAGCAGGUGGCUGGAAUUUGAGAUCACGCUGCUCCAUCUGCCUGAUUGUCCAUUCUUUGUGAAGGAGUGCUAAAAUGUCGUUACACGCGACACAGAAGCAGUUUCUGGAAACGCAGUUUUGAUCUCUGGCCUGAACAUCUCCGGAUCUCCAGGCGGGACAGGAAGCGACCCGUUUAAGGCUCCCCCUGGCGAGACCAUCACCGCUGCUGCCAUCGAUAUGCAAAGUGUUUUAAGGCGCCCAUUGGGGAGGCAUAUCCACUGACAGGCACAUUAUUAAUCAUUGGCCACACUUCCGGAGAUUGUGUUUCAGGCGUUAAGGGAGCUCCCGAGUCAUCCUCCAGGCGUUUAUGUCACUUGUACGUGCUUCUGUAUCUGUCUGCCGUCGGAGGAGAGGCCGCUCACCUGCAGGGAGAGAGAGGACACCGAGGACGUGGAAGGGGUCUCUGCUGCAUGAGACGAACGGGAAACCGUGAACAGCGACUGCCAAAAGAUGUCACACCAAACUGGGAUUAACGCUACACCCGAGCUCAAACAGUUCUUGGCUCAAGCGAGAAGAGGUUCCAUCAGAAUCAUGAAGAUCAUAAUCAGCAAUGAGGAGCUGGUGUUGGAUUCGUUCAGAGAGCCGGUGCAGAGCUGGGACAAAGACUACGAUCAGUUUGUGCUUCCUCUUCUCACGCCUCAGGAGCCCUGCUACAUCCUGUACCGCCUGGACUCCCAGAAUGCACAGGGAUACGAGUGGACGUUCAUCGCCUGGUCACCUGACCAGUCACCAGUGAGGCAGAAGAUGAUGUACGCUGCGACCCGUGCCACACUGAAGAAAGAGUUUGGUGGAGGUCACAUCAGAGACGAAAUGUUCGGCACAGUCGAGGACGAUCUGUGCUUUCAGGGAUACAUGCGCCACCGUUCCUCCUGCUCCUCUCCACCUCCUCUAUCGUCGGCCGAGCAGGAACUACAACGAAUCAAAAUCACAGAGGAUAAAGUUGUCUGGGAUGAACGCAGAAGAAUUGGAACCCCAACAGCGCGAGCGAGGGUCACAAUGGAGUUUGGUUUAGACAAGAGAGCUCAGACUCUUCAGGGUCUCGCGUUCCCUUUGCAGGAAGAUGCCAAACGAGCUCUGCAGCAGCUCAAGCACAAGCGCAUCAACUACAUCCAGCUGAGGCUGGAUGUAGAAAGAGAGACGAUCGAGUUGGUUCACACCAAACCCACAGAAACCCACGAGCUUCCCUUCAGGAUUCCCACAGACUCCCCACGAUAUCACUUCUUUGUCUUCAAGCAUUCCCAUCAAGGCCAGCUGCAGGAGGCGCUGGUGUUCAUAUACUCGAUGCCUGGCUACACCUGUAGCAUCAAGGAGCGGAUGCUGUACUCCAGCUGUAAGAACCGGUUACUGGACGAGGUGGAGCAAGACUACCAGCUGGAAGUCACCAAGAAGAUGGAAAUAGACAGCGGCGACGGUCUGACAGAAGACUUCCUGUACGAGGAGGUGCACCCCAUGGAGCACACCUUGAAGCAGGCCUUCGCUAAGCCCCGAGGCCCAGGAGGGAAGAGGGGCAACAAGCGCCUCAUCAAGGAGACAGGAGAGAACGGGGAGGAAAACUAGACAUUGCAUCCAUUAAUCAUACCCACAGAAAUUUAGAAAUGUUGAAGAAAUGAUCUGCUGUUUCACUGCUAACCUUCAGGCCACUGAUUCUCUGUUUUUAUUUCAAUUCAAAGUUUUUAAAGUGAAAUUGAAUGACAUGUAGAUCUCAGAUGCAUUUCCCCCUGUCCUCUGAAUCUCCUGCUGUCCGUCAUUGAGUCAGUCAACACACAGCCAAGGUUUUUACACAUCAAACAUCUGAAACUGAAUGUUACUGCUAACUAUAUAUUCUAUAUAUUUAACACCAAUUUGGCCUGUUGUUAAUGUUGGUGCAGCGUAUUUCUGUGGAAAUGUCUGUUGAAGGCCUGCAAAGAUGUACAGUGCACUCAAUAGUUAUUGAUAACCCUGCAGGAAACCUUGAAGCAAAUUAAUCUUUUAUCUCAGUAGUUUGAGAAAACAAAGAAACUUUAAUUUUAUUACAUUUAUUCAGUGGAGAAACACAGUUGAAUAUAAACUAACCCCACACUGCCUGUGUAAAAUAAAUGUUAUGAAAGCAUUUUUUUCUACUCGAUGUUUCAAGUUUAUUAGACGUGUAGGAACCUUUAAUCAGUAAUCAAUAACAUCCUGUAUUUGUUUGGUAUAAAUACAUUGUAACACAGAAGUAAAUCUUUCCUUAGCCUCUCUUAAAA